AUCUACACCGAUUGGGUGAAUCGAUAUCUUUCGAAAGCGCCGAACUACAAGCCCAUCGACGACAUCUCGAACGAACUGCGAGAUUACCGCUUGGUGGCGAAGUUGAUCCAAGUUGUCGUGCCCGAUAACGCCAAUUCACCACAGUUCACAUCACAUUUGUCACGAGUCAAUACCAACAUUGACGGUCUAAAUGUAUGCCUCCAAUAUUUGGCGUUAGCAGGCGUUGACAGCGGCAAGGUCACUUCCAGA